AAAAAAAAAACGAACCCCAAUUCCCCCACCCAGCACGCCAGGCCGGCGAGAUGCCUGACGGCGAUGCAAAGGCCCGCGCCGCCACCACCAGUGCGGCACCUCCGGGUCCUCCUCCGCCUACAGCCAUGGUUCCUCCAGCCGGCGCCGACACGCGGAAUCCGAGUUCCCGGCGGCGCCGCCCUCGCCGUCGUGCCAAGGCGCCGGGCUACCAGGCCCUGUGAGGUCUGAAGCUCUUACUACUUGUCGCUGCCACGCUGACCCUGCAAUAUAGUGCUACCGCUUAUGGGGCUGGGUACUUUGGGAACAUCAGCAUGGCACGGCCCGGCUGCCCAGACAAGUGCGGUAACGUCAGCAUCCCGUACCCGUUCGGCACCGGAAAUGGAUGCUUCCAGGAACCCUUUAAUGUCACGUGCAAUGUGAGCGGGGCAUAUCUGGCCUCCACCAAAGUAAGGAUACUGGACAUCAAUCUUACUCUAGGUGAGAUUCGCGUUCAGAACCCAUACAUAGCAUGGCAAUGCAACCAUACCAAUGGAACCAAUAGUACUAGUGGUGAUUUGGAAGGCCUACGUCUUGAUCCUUUUCAUAAGCUUUCCUACACCAAGAACAAGUUGACAUCACUCGGUUGUGCUACACUUGCAAUUGUCGUAGGAGGCACCAAGGGCAAGAACCAGCUUGAAUACCCCACUGUCAACUCAUGCUUUUCAUACUGUACUGACGCAAGUAAUGUGGAUAAUAGCUCUGGAUGUGCUGGAAUGGGUUGCUGUCAGUCCUCCUUCCCAGGAAAUGUCAGUUCCGUUAACACCACAUCUGAACCAGUACCAGAUAUAUACGACUCAACCAUCCAGUCUUUCAGCCCGUGCAGCUACUCUUUCGUUGUUGAGGAGGAGUGGUUCAAGUUCGAUCCUUCAUAUGCCAGCUCUACCGAUUUCGCUACUAAAUAUGCAGAUGGAGUUCCUUUGGUACUCGAUUGGAUUGCCGGUAAUGGAAGUUGUUCUGAAACCAGCAAGAUGGGAUCACAGUAUGCCUGCCAAGCCAUGAACAGCGAGUGCAUUGAUGUGUCCAAUGGCCCCGGUUACCGCUGCAACUGCUCUCAAGGUUAUGAGGGCAAUCCCUAUCUACAAGGAGGGUGCCAAGACAUCAAUGAGUGUGAACCUCCAAACCAGUCCUUGUAUCCUUGCAAAGGUAAUUGCAGAAACACUGAGGGGAGCUACACCUGUUCAUGCCCAUCAGGAUUCAGGAGCGAUGAUCCAAAGAGCAUACCCUGUGUUCGAGCUGACCCAAACAAAGCACUGAAGGUGGUCUUAGGCUUAUCCGUCAGUGCUGUCUUCCUCAUGGUUUGUUUCUUCGCUCUAUGGGCUGAGUAUCAGAAAAGGAAGCUGGCAAAAGAGAAGGAAAGAUUCUUUGAUCAGAAUGGUGGUCAGAUAUUAUAUCAGCAAAUUAUGUCAAAACAAGUCGAUACUUUGAGGAUAUUCACGCAAGAAGAUCUGAAGAAGGCCACGAACGAUUUUGACGAGAGCAGAGAACUGGGCAAGGGUGGUCAUGGCACUGUCUACAAGGGCAUUCUCAAGGAUAACAGGGUAGUGGCUGUGAAACGCUCGAAGAUCAUGAACGUGGAGCAGACCGACGAAUUCGUGCAGGAGAUAAUUAUACUUUCACAGACCAACCACCGGAACGUGGUCAGGCUUCUAGGGUGCUGCUUAGAGGUGGAGGUCCCCAUACUGGUCUACGAGUUCAUCUCGAACGGCACUCUCUUUGAGUUUAUUCAUCGUAACCAUGGAAGUCCACCUCCUUCGCUGGACAGCCGUCUCAGGGUCGCUCAAGAAUCAGCCGAAGCACUGGCCUAUCUGCAUCUGUCCACUAACCACCAUAUAGUCCACGGAGAUGUCAAGUCCAUGAACAUUCUCUUGGACGACAACUACAUGGCGAAAGUGACCGACUUUGGGGCAUCGAGGAUGCUCCCCAAGGACGAGUCCCAGUUCAUGACGCUGGUGAAGGGAACCCUGGGAUAUCUAGACCCCGAGUACCUGCAGGAGCGGCAGCUCACAGAGAAGAGCGACGUCUACAGCUUUGGGGUCGUGCUGCUGGAGCUGAUCACAGGGAAGACGGCGAUCUACCGCGACGGCCUCAAGGAAGGUAAGAGCCUCGUGUCAUCCUUCCUGCUCGCGAUGAAGAAUGAGAACCUCGAGGGCAUCCUGGACCCGAGCAUCGCGCGUGCGGGGAUGGAGGCGCUGCUGCGAGAAGUCGCCGAGCUCGGGCGGACUUGCUUGGGCCCCAGGGGCGAGGACAGGCCUUCCAUGACCGAGGUGGCCGACAAGCUGAAGGCUAUGCGAAGCGCCUGGAGGGAGAAACUGGCGCCGGGGCAUGCCAAAACAGAGUGCCUGGUUGUGUGCUCGUCGCCUGCGGCUCUGGCGCCGUGGUAUCCCCCGUCCUCGAGGUCCUCCUCGGGGGAGCUGUACAUGUCUGGAAUAGGCAUAGAGACACCCAGAUGACAGUUGCAUUCGAGCCUUCUACCAAAAUGACAAACUAAUUUAUCCUACUAGAGGUACCAAGUAUCUAAGUAAAUGUUCUCAUGGGAUUUGUAUGUUUUUUCUGUUUCGUUGUGGAGUCUUGCCAUGACAGGCUAUUCGAUAUCUGAACUUUCAGUUUCA